AUGUUAUUCGCGAAGAAAAGGCAACGAGCGGUUCUUCACUUAGUAGAGCUACCAGCCGCCGGUUACUUUCUGAGGGGCUCCUCUGGAGAAAAAGAAGGUCCCCCUUACUUUUCUCUCUUAAAGCUUUAUAAAGCUCGGCGAGAAAGGAUGGAUGAGCGGAGGUUUGAAGACGCUCGACCCAAACAAGCAAUGACGAGCCCCUAUCAGAGAAAGCCGUGGUCAAGCGCGCUAGCGCACUUUACUUGGAGGUUCGCGCAUCCUCUUGCUGGGAGAGGAAAUCCUGGAACUGAUGAAAUUCGGGGGAAAGAUGGAAUCGGUCACUAUACUGAGGGGGCGAGACAUGACCGCGACUUAAGAUUCAAGCUAAUACGAGCCGACCAAAACUUAGAUUACCAGAUCCUGGACACAAUCUUCCUAGAGAUGGAGAGCCCCUUGCCCCGCCUUUUCUAG